UCUCGUAGUGCAUCACCCUCUUUUUGGAGGCAAUAUAAUUUUCGCAAGCAAGUUUGAAUUUCCAGUAAUUUUCUUAUCAAGAUAUUUUCUCCAAGGUCUCACUCAAUCCAUCUCUUUAGUUGAGUAAAUAUUUCAUUCUAUAAGGACAUGUCCGUGAAAAGGAAGAGGAUAGCUGUCUUGGGCGGAGGUUUUUCUGGGAUUGGUUCCAUCGCAAUGUUGAAAGACGAAGGACUAGAGCCUAUUUGUUUCGAGAAAACUGACAAGUUAGGAGGAACGUGGUGUUACAGGGAGGAAAGUACAGUUGGAGUUCCCUCUAUAAUGCCCACGACGAUUAUAAAUCACAGUAAAGAAAUGGGAGCCAUCAGCAACUUUCCGCCUCGCAAGGAAUACAACAACUACAUGAGGCACAGUGAAUUAUACCAAUACACUCUCGAGUAUGUAAAGCAUAAAGAUGUAGAGAAGCACGUGCAGUUCAACAUGGAAGUUGAGCAUGUUCAGAAGGCGGAGGAUUACCACGAAACUGGCAGGUGGAUGGUAACUGUUCGAAACACGGUUACAAACAAAGUAGAAACUGAUAUUUACGAUGGCGUUAUGGUUUGCACAGGCCAUAUUAAUCGGCCUAAGAUGCCGCAUUACCCAGGACAAGAAAAGUUUAAAGGGAAGAUAAUGCACACUCAUAGUUUGAAACGAGUACAUGAAUUUACAGGCAAACGUGUUGUUGUGGUUGGAAUGGGGUGUUCAGCACUGGAUGCAGCAGUUGAAGUCAGUAGUGUUUCGAAGCAGGUAUAUCUGAGCACUCGCAGUGGGGCAUUCGUAAUCAACAGAGUUGGACCCAAUGGUUACCCUAUUGACUAUGUCGUACUUCGAAGAUACCUCUUUAUGUUUAUAGAUAUAUUGCCCAUAAAUCUAUCUAGCUGGUAUAUAGAGACAUUUUAUUUAGAUCCAAAAUUUAACCACAGAUUGUACACCAUACAACCAAAAAGCCAUCUUUUAUCUAAAGACCCGAUUUUGAAUGACCAUAUUGCAUCGAAACUUUUAUCUGGAUCAGUAAUUCAAAAAGGUGAUAUUAAACGCUUCACUGAGGGUGGUGUGGUCUUUGAAGGAGACACACAUGUAACGGAAGUGGAUGUCGUAAUCAUGGCAACGGGUUAUACUUUUAAAUUCCCUUUUCUUCAGGAAGGGAUCCUGCCUCUAGAAGAAGGAAUGAUAAAUUUGUACAAAGGCGUGUUUCCUCCUCAACUGAAACACGCAACACUGGCUUUCAUAGGAUUUCUUCUUCCUCUUGGCCCAGGUUUUCCACUUGGUGAAUUGCAAUGCAGGUGGGUAGCAAGUGUGUUUGCAGGGAAGAACCAGCUGCCGUCUAAAACUGCAAUGCGUAAGUAUAUUAGGAGAAGAAAUCAUAACAUUAUGAAACGCUACGGACCAGGUGAGAAAGCAUCAUUGCAUGUGGAUUUUGUUUCGUACAUGGAUGACAUUGCAAAUGAAUUGGGAGUAAAACCAAAUUUCCUCAAGCUCUUUUUCAUGGACUUCAGACUGUUUAUGAAAUUAGUUUUUGGUCCAUGUCUGUCUUACCAGUACAGAUUAGACGGACCUCAUAAGUGGGAUGGAGCUAGAGAAGCAAUUAUGACUUCUGAAGAGAGAAUAUACUGGCCUCUACAGAAGAAGGAGAAAGUUCAAAAGAAAAGUUUUCUUGAAUACAUUAUUGAAUAUGUCUUGAAUUUAAUACCUUCAAAUAUUUAUCUGUGAUAUUAGUUUACAAGAUGAACAUUUUGACUGAUAUAAGACUAAUUUUUCUUAUUGGUCUAAGUUUUUUUUAUUUUUUUUAUUUUGUGUGUGCCAAUACAGAUGUGAAGUGAAUGCAAUUCCAGAUACAAAACAUCUACCUUCUACGACGAGAAAAAAGUAGUAGAUCACAAAAAAGGAAUUAUAAUGUUAUGAAACUCUCGAAUAAAUUAAGAUAUGGCCAUACACGUAUAUCAAUUUCACAGAAAGAUUAUCUUGUAGAGGAAUUGCGAGUGAAGCCACAUUUUCCCUUAAAUUCUUCUUUACAGAUUCCUCAUGAUGUUAGGUGUUCACUCCAUCCCUUUCCUACCAUUGUUUACAAAAGGGUCUGCAUGGUUGGAAAGGCGCUCGCUAAACAUUUAUGAUUUGAGAACAUAUAAUGCAUUGGACUUUGCAGAAGAAAGAAAAUACACCGAAAAUUAAAAGAUUUUUUUAAAUAUUAUUGAAUUUGUGUAGAAUUCAAUAGCAUCAUUUUUUAUUAAUCUGAUAUUACUUCGAAAUUAAAGUGUAUAUAUUCUGCAUCAUCUAAAACUGGAAGCAUUUAAUUCGUUGAAAGACUAAAACGUAACAUCUAUAUUUUAUUAUUUGGUAUACUGAUGUUUUCUUUCUUCGAUCCAAAAAAUAUUAUUUUCAUUCUUAAUUUUUAUGGGGGAAAUAAUACUGUACUACUUAUAAAGUGUAAGUUUCGUAAAUAUAUUACACCUUUCUAUUUCUAAAAGCAGAAUGUACAUUUAUUGCUUCAAAAAUUAUAGGUGGUUUUUUGUGUCUUUUACUGGAACAAGCAAUACAGUUAUUAUUAAC